AUGCCGAAAACUCUUAAGCUCGUCAACGACGGUUGGGAAUGUCCUGCCGCUAAGAGAAAAGGAGGUAAUAUGAACGUUUGUUGCAAAAGAAACCCUAAGUUCAAGGUCAAGACAGGGCCAAAGACAAAGUUUGCACCGAGAAGGCACGGUGAUCUGAACAUCGUCUACGAUGUUCUGCAAUCAUUCAGCAGCAACUACUUAGCCCAAGUGACCAUCGACAACGAGAAUCCACUCGGGCGGUUAGACCGUUGGAACGUGACUUGGGAAUGGAUGCGAGGAGAGUUUAUAAACACAAUGAGAGGAGCUUACACUCACAAGAGAGAUCCAUCUGAAUGUCUUUACAGCAAAGCUGGACAGUACUACAAGGACUUAGAUUUCUCACAGGUCAUGAAUUGUCAGAAGAAGCCAGCUAUUUCCGAUUUGCCUCCAGAGAUGAAGGACGAUAAAGUGAUGGGGAAGUUACCUUUCUGUUGCAAAAAUGGAACUCUUUUGCCACCUCUUAUGGAUCCUUCGAAAUCUCGAUCUAUGUUUCAGCUGCAGGUUUGGAAGUUGCCUCCUGAUCUGAACAGAACAGCUCUAUACCCACCUCAGCACUGGAAAGUAGAUGGAGUUCUCAACCCACAGUACAAAUGCGGGCCACCGGUUCGGGUUGACCCGUCUCAGUUCCCGGAUUCUAGCGGUCUACCGGCUGUAACCUAUGCAAUCUCCAGCUGGCAAAUUGUCUGCAACAUAACCAAACCUAAAGCACAAGCCUCGAGAUGUUGUGUCUCAUUCUCUGCCUAUUACAACAACUCUGCCAUUCCUUGUAACACUUGCGCUUGUGGAUGCAACGACAUCGAUACCAACACUUGCAAUGCUGACCGUAACCCUCUCCUCCUCCCUCCAGACGCUCUACUUGUUCCGUUUGAUAACCGAACCCUAAAAGCUAAAGCUUGGGCUAAACAAAACCACAUGCCAAUACCUAAGAAGCUCCCUUGUCCUGAUAACUGUGGAGUUAGCAUUAACUGGCACGUUAACACUGAUUACAGAAACGGUUGGACCGCUAGGUUAACUGUUUUUAACUGGAGAGACUUUGCGUUUGAGGAUUGGUUUGUGGCGGUUGAGAUGGGAAAAUCAGGUAAAGGGUAUGAAAACGUUUACUCCUUUAACGGCACACGUGUUCCACCGAACAACAGAACCGUUCUGUUCCAAGGGUUGCCUGGUUUGAACUACCUUGUGGGUCAAGUUAACGGAACACAUCCGUUAAGAGACCCUCCCGUGCCUGGAAAGCAACAAUCUGUUAUCUCGUUUACCAAGAAGAACAUCAAUGGCCUGAAAAUAGCUGAUGGCGACGGGUUUCCGACAAAGCUUUUCUUUAAUGGAGAAGAAUGUGCGCUUCCUAAACAUUUCCCAAAGAAGAGCUCAGGACAUAGAGGCGGUAUCAAUGUCUUGAUGUCACUUGUUUUCGCUAUGGCCGCUGCUUUUGCACUAUGAUGGAUUAGUUACUGAAGACAAAACUAAUAUUACUGGUCAGUUCUGUGAUGAAAGGGAUCAAAAAGGAGUAGAUGUGGAGAGAUCUUUGUAAUAUGAUUGAUCUAUAUAUUGAACAAAAAAAAAAGUGGACUUGUUGUAUUAAUACUUUUGUUUGGUCUAUAAAAGUAUUCAUGUGUACGUUUGUUGUUCUCUCUGGUAAAAAUCCCAGAAGCUCAUAACAAUGUCAG